AUGAUUGGUGCGAUCAGUAUUCUAGUCAUAGGUCUUUUUGUGCCAACACACGAACAAAGUACAACUAUAUCGCCAUGCCCCAACGUGUUUAUGUACGAACCCUCGGGAACAGAACCUGGAAGAUGGUACGGGGUUGUCAAUCUGUCAACAGAUAGCACCUUACACUCAUUAUGGUUGAAUAUCGUGCUUGACAGUAAGGCUGAUAUUUUAGGGAAUUGGGUAGGAGAUGUGACGACCACAGAUAAUAUAGAUUUUAAAAUUGAAAACACAAAAAUGAAAAUACAUCCUGGCCCGGCUGUGGCAGUGCGUUUCUUCGUACAAUACAGCCCACUCAACAAAGCACCACGCUUGAGUGCUAUCAGACUAAAUGGGAGAGAAAUCUGCAAUGCCAAGACACCACAACCAGCGAUUGAAGUGGUUGAAACCGCGAGGCCUGAUCCGACGUCAAUCAGACCAAGACCUGAAACCUCAAGGCCUGUAGACCGACCGGUUGAUAGACCAAUAGACCGCCCUGUUGAAAGACCGAUCGAUCGUCCGGUAGACAGGCCCAGCGUCCAAACAAGACCUGUUCUGAGACCUGAAGAUAAAACAAAACCUGUGUAUGGAAGACCUUCUGGGGAUGGACCUGUGUAUGUACCAACAUCUAAUCCACCAAUCGAGCAGAGCAAUGUUAACCCAUAUAGCAUCGGUGGUGGCCAGAUACCAGCUCAGAGUGUAACCCAGUCAAGGCCAACAUACCAGUUGACCACGACUACUUAUACGUCAACUACGCCCGAAGACGAAGAUAGUGACAGUGAUGCUGACCCUUCAGAAUACUUCAACGGCGGUCAACUUCUGGUCACACCAGUACCCAACGGAUAUGUCCAGCCUAAAAAUGAACAAUGCGGUAAAGUGCUCCGAAACAAUCCGAAUCCUCUGGUGGUGAACGGCAAGCCGACGCUUGAAGGACAAUGGCCCUGGCAGAUAGCCCUUUAUCAAACACAGACCGUGGAUAGCAAGUACAUUUGCGGUGGCACCCUCGUCUCCCACAAGCACGUGGUGACGGCAGCUCACUGCGUCACUCGCAAAGGCUCCAGUCGCACUGUGAACAAGAACACCCUCACCGUGUACUUAGGAAAACACAACCUCCGAACCUCCGUGGAAGGAGUUGAAAUCAGACUUGUGGGUGAGAUAACUGUCCACCCUCAAUACAACGCGUCUUCCUUCAGCCGUGAUCUCAGUAUCCUCAAACUCCGCAAGGCCGUCGAGUACACGGAAUUCAUACGAGCCGCCUGCCUCUGGCCGGAGAACCAGAUCGAUUUGAAUAAUGUCAUUGGCAAAAAGGGCUCCGUGGUAGGAUGGGGUUUCGACGAGACGGGAGUGGCAACUGAAGAACUGACACUAGUGGAGAUGCCGGUGGUAGAUCAAGAGACCUGCAUCAGAUCUUACAGCGAAUUCUUCGCCAGAUUCACCUCUGAGUACACAUACUGCGCGGGAUAUAGAGAUGGAACAGCCAAUGCACAAACCGGCAUUAGAAAGAGUACGUCAGUGUGUAACGGUGACAGCGGCGGGGGUAUGGUAUUCGAGAUGCAAGGAUCGUGGUAUCUCAGAGGCCUGGUGUCCCUAUCAGUGGCGCGACAAAACGAAUACAGAUGUGACCCAACUCACUACGUAGUGUUUACAGACUUAGCCAAAUUUUUAUCUUGGAUUAAGCAGCAUGUAACUAACGUUUAA